AUGAAUGUACUUUUCAUAAAUAAUGGCAUCGUCGAGUCCUUGCAAAGGCAGGAUCGCCUGAGCAGGGUCUCUGACUUGGGAGAGAACGCGGAUCCUGCCACUGGAAGAGAGCGAGCGCCCUGCCGUUCGCGUGAGGGUGCGGAUCCUGCCGUUACGCUGAGAGGCGUAGUCGCGAGCGAGCGAGCGAGAAAAUCGGGAAGAGACAGGUUCGGGAAGGACAAAGUACGGCAACUGUGUCUUGGUUUGGGGGGACGGGGUGGCCGAGUUCGCCGCCUCGUCACUUUGCGGACCGUGUUCCCGGUGUGGACGCGAGCCUCAUCUUCGGCGACAGUCAAUGGCAUCGUCGACCGCCACAACUUACAUUACUGGGCCACCGAGAAUCCUCACUGGAUGCGGCAAGCAAACAGUCAAGUCAGGUGGUCGGUGAAUGUUUGGGCGGGCAUUCUCGGGGACCACAUCAUUGGGCCACAUUUUAUUGAUGGUAGGGUCGAUGGCGAAGGGUACCGAAACUUUCUACGAGACAAGCUUGUCGACUUGUUGGAUGAGGUGCCACUGGAAUCACGUGUUAACAUGUGGUUCCAGCAGGAUGGCCAUCCUGCACACACCGCCAAGGCGACAAGAGAUUUGUUAAAUAAGAAGUUCGGUAGGCGUUGGAUCGGUCUUCACGGUCUCCACGAAUGGCCACCGCGUUCACCAGAUCUCACACCACUUGACUUUUUUCUGUGGGGUCAUCUAAAAGAGCAAGUAUACGCAACGCGACCUGUUAGCGUUCAAGAUUUCAAGGAAAGAAUUGUACGAGCUUGCCGUACAAUAAGUCCAGAGAUCUUGCGCCGGGAACAACUGAAAAUCGGCCGCGAAGUGACCUAUCUCGCCGCGCAAGCUCUGCAACAGAGCGUUGCGCGAACCGUAGGAAUAUUCCAGUGCCGCGUAGCAGUGAUACGUAGUGCCACAUGGACGAAGUUUCCAGCGAUUUUCGACAUCGGCCGCGAAGUGACCUAUCUCGCCGCGCGAGCUCUGCAACAGAGCGUUGCGCGAAGCGUAGGAAUAUUCCAGUGCCGCGUAGCAGUGAUACGUAGUGCCACAUGGACGAAGUUUCCAGCGAUUUUCGACAUCGGCCGCGAAGUGACCUAUCUCGCCGCGCGAGCUCUGCAACAGAGCGUUGCGCGAAGCGUAAGAAUAUUCCAGUGCCGCGUAGCAGUGAUACGUAGUGCCACAUGGACGAAGUUUCCAGCGAUUUUCGACAACAUGUGCACGAAAAAUAGUACGCACGAUUUGUUGAGUAACUGGGGAUUUAGUACGGAAGUAAUUGCGAACUUCACAAAAUAGUCUAUUCCUGGAUAGACCAAUCAGAGACACAAAAGAAUUCUACAUGGAGGUUGAAAAGCUUGGUUCUAUCCCCAGUAAUUGGGCUGUUAUCCAACUAAUGGCCAAAGAACGUGAGUUAAAAAUAGAGGCUAGAACUUUUUCUAUAUUGACUUUCGAAUGCCGUAUGAUGGCUUCAGCAUGUGAGCGGAAUUUGGGGGAAGAAAUUCUGCCUCUCUU